AUGGAGAAAUCUUCUUUCUUUAGGUAUUUGUUUUGCAUUGAUAAAAGUUUUACUUACUUAAUGCAAUCGCCCAAAUUUGUACUUUCAGAUGAUUUAUUCGAGUUGGGAUGGGAUGAGGAAAAAGAGGUACCUUCUCAACACCAUCCUCGGCUUCCUCAUUCCCUUUCCGACACUUUUCCUUUCCACGGGAUUCCUCCUAUGAGAAAAUGUGCUCACAACCAAAUUUGUAGGGGGUCCGAUGUGUGCAAAAUUAUUUACCGUCAUUUAAAGAAGAUUUCCAAGGGGGUAAGUUUUGUGUCCACCUUUACUUUGGCCCUCCUGCCUCCAAAUAAGGCGUCACCUGUGGAAACUCCUUCACUUGGAGAUGAAAUAUGCCAGAUCACCGAUACCCACACUGCCAUCUGUUAUGUCCAGUGUUUUGAGGAUAUUACCAGUCUUCUGGCACCAGGGACAGAUCAGAGCCUUAUAAGGCAUCUAAUUGUUUACCAAACGAAUACACACUGCUAUUCCGAAGUGGGAUUGGAGGUGUUCAACGAAUUUACAAGUCUUCAACAACUACUCUACACUGGAACUGUAUGUCCAUUCCCUACUUUGCCUAAUUUGAGCAAUAUAACACAUUUAAGCUUUACACUCACUGCGGCUGCCUCCACAAGCACCGAGGAGUUUAUCUGGAACAAUUCUACAAGAACCGAGAUACCACAGCUGGAAAAGUUGGUUGUCACUGAAAACUGCUGUGGAUUAUUUCAGGGCACUAUUGUAGCUCCUCACUUGCAACAUCUUUCUUUCCGUUGUUCAAAAAUGUCCUCCUACAUCUCAGGAGUGAAUGAAACCAGAAACAAGUUGAUACUUAUAACGCCGGAGCUGAAAUAUCUGGACUAUCAAGAAAGUGCUUCGGGAUUUCCUAUCUCCAGUGCAUCCAAUUUGCCCUAUCUACAAACCCUCCUUGUAACAUUCAACACGGAGUUCUCUGAAAAUCGUGUCAUUACUUCGGAUUCGCUUAACUUAUCUUCUGUAAGGGAGUUGACCUUCUCCCAAGGUGAGUAUGGUCAUAUCUUCGGGUAUGAACCCUACCAGUGUGUGGAACUUGGUGAGACAAAUUUAACACACAUAACUCUGGUACAACCACCAAGAGGUUCAACAACUUGUCCGUCAGUUUGGAAGUGUAUUUCCUGCACUCCAUCCAAUCAGAACAACUCAGAAGGCGUACAACUUGUAAAUAUUUUCACCCAUUCCUCUACCAGCGCCAAUUUUAGUUCCCUUUUACCGAACGUGACACUGAACACCACCGACUUGAAAUUCAAUCAUGCUCCACUUCUACAAGUGGACGGCGAAGCAUUGCGACGAUUUUCUCACCUUCGCAGUCUUCACGUGGGAGAAGUGAGGAGUACCCUUCAGUACAAUGGAGUAGUAACACUAUUGGGCAAUCCUUUUAAGGCUUUACAGAGGCCACAAACAUUCCAAUUUCUUCACCUGGUCUUAUUAAAGUGUGACUGUGAGGAGUAUGAUACAUUUGCAUGGCUCAGGGAGCAAAACCCCACCUUCGAGGGGGAAAUUCAAUGCAUCACAGUACCUCCAACCAAUAGUACCGAGGAGGAGAUAGCUGUGAACACGUCAAUAAGUAUCACGAAUUUUUUACAAAAACUAGCGAAACAAUGUGUUACCACUCCAGUUACGGAAGUGGUGAAUACCUCCACAACUGAUCAAUUUGUCCUCCGAACAGCAACAACAACAACAACAACGAUGACGACAACGACAAAGAUGACGUUAACAACGACAAGUGUUGCGAAUUCACGACUACUUCCAACAGCAACAACAACAUUGACAGUGUAUACAACUUUAUUAUUGUCAACAUUACUCUAG